AUGAAAGCCACCACUUUCUUUGUCACUCUUUUCACUCUUCUGUUCACGUUGGUUCUAGCUGUCCCGCAAGGUGGUCCCAAUGCCCAGCGUCUCGCCCGGGGCCUUCCGCCUUUGCCACCCGUAAGACGAUCUCCAACCUUUGGGUCUCCAAGGCCAGCACCAUCCCCUGUUCCUACGAACCAAUGUUCCGCUGGGGCCAAGGUGCAGUGUUGCUACGAAGUUACCACUGCGCGAAAUCCGCUCGUAUCAAUUCUCCUCGAAGCACUUGGCAUCGACAUUCCGGCCGAUACUCCCAUUGGCAAAGGCUGCAAGGCGGGGUCUGACAGAACUCAGUGCUUCUUGCCCGGGAUGAAAAAACUCUGUUGUAACGCUACGGGUCCUGCCUUUGGACUCUUUGCUGUAGGAUGCACACCUUAUCCAGGCUCCAACUAA